UGAAGACAUAAUCUGACCCAAAAAAAGACAGCAAGGACGCUGGCAAAGUCAUGUAGUUGCUCAGGCUCGAAAAAUACCUUCUCCUCCAUACUGACCAUCCACCAGGAUCUUGCAUCAUGUGUGAAUGUGGACUGGAAGGAUGAGAUAAGUUGCCUUCCUCUCCUCCUCUUUUCCUUCCGUAGCCUUACCUCUCUCUCUCUUCUCCUGUUCUCCUCAACAACCUCUCUAUCCACUUUUUGUCAGUCCUAAAGUCCUCCUCCCAGUUCCCCUCCGUCUCGUCGCUGCAUACAAUUAUUCUGAAAGGCAGGCGAGUGAGUGCAAUGCCUCAUUUAAUCCUAAAGCUGUUAGCUUAAACUGCCUUUUUAGGGGUUUAGCUCCUGUUUGUUCUUUAAUUUAAUAUGAUCUGAUCUCCCCUGUAAUAGAAGAAUCCCACAUUUCUCAUUCGGCUCUUUCUCCUUUACUUUCUCCCCUGAGUGACAAAUAAAAUAUCAACAGUAAUUACUGUGGCAGCCAUUACCCACUCGAUGAAAGAAAAUGAAAAAUAAUCACCAAUCUCCCACCUUCUUCCCACCCUCCGUGCUCUCUCAUCAUCUCCACCUCUUCUCUCUCACACCUUCUCUCUCUCUCUCAAGGUCACCCCUCUCUCAGAUGCUGUGGCAGUGCCAAAAAAGGGAGCCUGUAGACAGUUUCCUGCAGGAGGACAAGGCACUGAUUUAAAACCCAAACAGGAGAGACAGAAGGCCAGCAGGACCGGAGACAUAUGAAGCGAAGCCAAGACCUCUAGCACGUGAAGCACAUCCUGACACCUGCUCACCUUCGGCGUGCGCGUGGUUGCCUCUGUGAGCAUUGCACUGUGAGCAGGUGGGACUUUGAUGGCACUGUGAGCGAUGCCUCACAUGCAGCGACAGCAGGUUUGCAGUAGGGGGCAGAGCUCCUCCCACCUCCUCCCCCUUGUCCUAGCCCUCCUUUCCCUCGCAGUCCUGCCCGGCCGGGCAGCCAUCGAAAUGCCCUCCAACUGGGACAACAAAAGGCCUCCUCAGAUCACCACACACCCGGAGUCUAUCACAGUUUUUAGCACCGAGGACCUCAUCAUGAAUUGUGAAGCCUCUGGCGUCCCGAUGCCCAGUUUCAGUUGGACUAAGGAUGGAAAGCCAUUUGACCCAAGUGCUGACACAGAGCUUAAUGUUAUGAAAAGCUUUGGUUCGUUCGCCUUCUCCACACUCAGUAAAAGUAUGGACACCCUGAAGCCGUACAAAGGCAAAUAUGUCUGCUAUGCCACCAACGAGCUCGGGACGGCUGUGUCAAAGGAAGCCAUCCUCAAAACCGAUGUCCCCCCUACCCAGCAGAAGCAGAAGGUGGUUACUGUGAAGUCUGAUGAGGGGAGCAGCAUCGUGCUGAAGUGUAACCCCCCUCAGAGCUCCAUGGAGCCCAUCAUUCAAUGGAUGGAUCAGAAGAUGCACCACAUCCAGCUGAGUAAGCGGGUUGUGGUUGGAAAGGACGGCAACCUUUACUUUGCUCAUUUGACAAUGGAUGACAGCAGGGACGACUACACCUGCAACGUCCAGUACAUGGUGACACGCACCAUUCUGGCCCAGGAGCCCAUCACUCUGAAGGUUAACCCCUCCAAUUCGGUACUGCGGAACCGUAGACCACACAUGAUGAGGCCUACUGAAGGCGAAAGCACGUACCAGGCCCUCAGGGGCCAGACGAUAGAACUUGAGUGCAUUGUUCAAGGCCUUCCCACUCCUGAAAUUACGUGGCUGAAGAAGGAAGGUGAGCUGGAUGAAUCCCGGACAUUCAAAGACAUGUUUGACCGACGGCUGCGCCUCAGUGAUAUCUCUGAAAGUGACAGCGGCGAGUACCAGUGCAUAGCCAAGAACACACAGGGGAAUGCCAAACACACCUACCAUCUGAAAGUAGAAGCCGCUCCAUAUUGGAAAGUGAUCCCAGAGAGUCUGAUCUAUGCUCCGGGUGAAACGGUGAGGCUAGACUGUGCAGCAGAGGGAACACCCUCUCCGACCAUCAGCUGGACCAGGAACGGAGAGGAGAUCUCAGGAACUGACUCCAGACAUACUGUGAUAGCGAAAAAUGCAUCAUUGAUCCUAAAUACUGUCGACUUUGAAGACACAGCUGUCUACCAGUGCCGGGCCUCCAACAAACACGGCACCCUCCUCACCAACACCUAUGUAUACAUCAUCGAACUGCCUCCGCAGAUCAUUACAGAUGACCGGAAAGUGUACGCUGUUACUGAAGGCCAGAGUGCUUCGCUGGAGUGUGAGACCUUUGGCUCUCCUAAACCUAAAGUCGUAUGGGAGCGGGGAGAAUCGUACCUUCUGGAUGAUACCAGACUUCAGUCACUUCCCAAUGGAGGGCUUCAGAUUGUUAAUGUCAGCCAUGAUGAUGAAGGUCCCUACGUCUGCUCCGUUCAAAACUCCAACUUAUCAAUCAUCGCUGAGCUGGAGGUGUUCAACAGGACAGUGAUCCUGACACCACCUAGGAACCAGAAGGUGCAGCCUGGAAAUACAGCAAUCUUUACAUGUGUGGGCCUUUACGAUACCAGACUGAGGAUUCCUCAAAUCCAGUGGAGAAAGAACAACCAGAAACUGAUGGAAUCCCCCAGUGAUGAAAAAUACACAUUUGAUGGGGCAGAAUUCAUAAUCGCUAAUGUGGAACAAGAUGAUGAGGGCAUUUACACCUGUGAGAUCAUCUCUUCUCUGGACAAGGUCGAAGCCAGCGCCACGCUCACUUUAUGUGAUCGUCCAGACCCUCCAACCCUCCUCCAGAUCUCUGAUCCCAGGCAGCGUGCAAUCUCUCUCAGCUGGACUCCUGGAGAUGACCACAAGAGCUCUGUUCUAGAGUAUGUCAUAGAGUUUGAGGACCAAGAUUUGAAGGAGAGGGGUUGGGAAGAGCUGAAGAGAGUCGGUGGCAACCAGGAGCACGCUGUCCUCUCCCUCUGGCCUUACGUGUCCUACCGUUUUCGGGUCAUCGCCAUCAAUGAGGUGGGAAAGAGUGACCCUAGUAAACCCUCUGAAAUCCACAACACAACAGCCGAAGCUCCUGACAACAACCCAGAGAAUGUCAGGAGUGAGUCCAUAAACCCAAAUACUCUCCUCAUCACCUGGGAGAAAAUGGACAGACUUGAUUUCAAUGGACCUGAAUUCAAGUACAAGGUGCUGUGGAGACGAUCAGUGGGCAGUGGACCGAAGUGGCACGAGAGGGAAACAACCGAGCCUCCGGUCAUCGUUGAGGAUGUUGGCAAUUUCUCUGCUUUUGAAAUAAAAGUCCAGGCCAUCAAUGAAAUUGGUGGUGGACCGGAGCCAGACCCCGUUAUUGGCUACUCAGGGGAGGAUGUUCCCCUGGAAGCUCCAAUAGGCGUGGGUGUCGAAGUGCGCAACAGCACUACGAUUGUCGUGACCUGGGCAGCUAUAGAAAUAGAGUCGGUGAGAGGACACCUGCUGGGAUACAAGAUUUACCUGAGAAGGAUGGGCUCCAGGAGCCACCACCAAAGUCGGAGAUCCACGGAGGCUGAGAGCACUGUGGUGGAGGAGACUGGUCCCAACGAGAAAAUGAAGAUCAUCAGUAAUCUUAGACCGUACUCCAGAUAUCUCCUGUUUGUUGCAGUCUUCAACAAUAAGGCGGAGGGACCACACUCUGAGCCUCUGCCCUUCAACACAGAAGAGGGAGUACCCAGUCCUCCCACAUCCCUGAUCCUUGACAGCCCAUCAGAGACAGAAAUGACCCUGCACUGGACGCCCCCAGCCCACCCUAAUGGGAUUCUUACUGGAUACCUGCUUCAGUACCAGCGCAUUACAGAGAGUGACGACGGCCCUUUGCAGAAGGAUGAGAUAGAUAACCCCACAAUCACCCAGUUUACCUUGAAGGGCCUGGACCGCCACAGCCAGUACCGCUUCUACCUGAGGGGCCUCACUAGAGUUGGGAAGGGAGAGCCCAUUAUGAUGACGGGGGCCACCACACUUGAUGGAGUUCCGCCAUCGGACAUCAGCCUGUCUGUGGGGGAAACCUCUGUAAAUGUCAGCUGGGAAGCUCAGAAGAGACACAGGAAUGUUGGUUUCUACAUCCACUACUUCAAAAAGAAUGGUGGCUGGAAAAAGUCUGAGAGGGUGAACUCGUCUCAGUCUUUCUACCAGCUUCGGGGCCUGGUUCCUGGUUCUGAUUAUCUUCUGCGCUUCUUCUAUGGGAACGCCUCAUUCUGGGAGACUGGCAUUAAGACAGAAAGAACAGAAAUGACAGAGGUGCAGGCCAGCAUUGCAACGCAGGGCUGGUUCAUCGGUGUUGUGAGUGCCCUUGCGUUGUUGUUGCUGAUAUUGCUUAUCCUCUGCUUCAUCAAGAGGAGUAAAGGAGGGAAAUACUCAGUGAAAGAUAAAGAGGACGGCCCGAUGGACUCAGAGGCACGGCCGAUGAAGGAGGAAACGUUUGGAGAGUACAGAUCUCUUGAAAGCGAUCUGGAGGAGAAGCGGACAGCCAGCCAGCCGUCCCUGUGUGAAGACAACAAGAUGUGCAGCGAGGACACCCUGAACUUUAACGGCAGCAGUGCUCUGACCACAGAGCUCAACUUGGAUGAAUCUCUGGCCAGCCAGAUCAGUCGUCCAAGUGAAGGUCCGGAGGGGUUCCAUGGUCUGCCAGAUAACUCCCCGCUGAACCCAGCGACCAUCGCCCCAAACACUAAUGGCAUGCCCAAUGCAAUCGCUAUCCUCGAUUAACCUCCACCAGAGACCAUCAGACCAAAAUGUCAACACGUAUGUGCCCAUACUGUCCUGUUCCCCCCUCUGACUUGCUGAUGUUUAUUUUGAGGUCCAGUGCACAAUCAUAUACAGACUAUUCAUAUGCCCUCUGGCAGUCAUCUGACUGAUUAGACAUUUGUGACCAAAGGAGAGUCCAAAGUAGUGGACCACGUGACACCCAACGUCCCAUCCUAAUUUUUUGUGUCGUUUACAGUUAAUUUAAAAAGCUGAUGUUUAUUUGAACCCUUUUCCUCUUCUUGCGUUGAACAACACAUAAACAUGUGGAAGGAAUGUUGUACAUUUCGAAAUAUCAGGGGUUUGAGGUGUGGUCACUUAGAUAUGCAGAGUAGUGCAUUAAGUCAACGUGGAGCGUGAUGAUGGAGCUCAGUGUAGGGAAACAGGCAGCAUGCAGUUCCUUGGAAAAGUAUUCAUACUCCUUGAAUUUUUACAAUUUCUGCUGUUAUUACUACAAACAUCUGUAUUUUACUGGGAUUUGUGGUAGAUAAUCACAUAUUACCACAUAACAAUAGAGUGAAGCAAAACUUUGUAAACUUUUUUCAUAAAAAAAUCUGAUUCAGACAAUGUGUAAACGUCAACCAUAGAUUCUCAUUUGACCUUUCAUUUGUGUUUGAUUUAAAUCUGGACUUUGACGAGGUCAUUCUAAAAUGUAAAAUUUCUUUACUGUUUUUCUAAAUAAUGUUUUACUUGGAUGUCAGCCAGGGCCCAAAAUAAAAAUUUGGAUAUGUGAAAAAGCAGUGACUGUAGUUUGA